CACGUGCUGCAGGAAACACCCCGCCCCCUCCGAGAGCACGUGCGUGUCCUUACCCUCCCCACCCGUGACCUCAAAACUUCACCCCGCCCUGGGAAUCAUGUGUCCAGAUCACCUGACAUCAGCUGUUGCGCAGUCAGGGGGGGGGCACAUACUUUUCUUGCACAGGGGCCUCUUCUUUAUGCUCCUCAUAUUGUGGACUUGUGUCCUAAUCUGAUGCCGCCCCUCCCGAUGUACACGCCCGUCACCAGAGCGCAGAGAUAAAGGGCGCAUCGCCCACAACCCAGUAUGAUCCCCAGCAACACCGAGGAGCCUCAUUGUGUAUGGUGAAAUCUGAAAUGGCGAAGCCGCUGCUGGGAAGUGAGAAUGACGAGUCGGCCGCCUCAAGAGCCCUGUUGUGUGGUGACACCAUUGGGAUUCUGGGCACCGGGGACUUUGCCCGAUCCUUGGCCGCUCGUCUCUUAUACUCUGGAUUUAAGGUCGUGGUGGGAAGUCGUAAUCCUAAGCGUAACGCGGCGCUCUUCCCUGCGGAUGCGGAGGUGACGGGGCAGGAGGAGGCUGUGAAACGUGCACAGCUGCUGUUUGUGGCCAUUUUCCGGGAACACUAUUCCACGCUGUGCGCGCUGUCAGACGCCUUGUCGGGGAAAACGCUGAUCGAUGUGAGUAACAACCUGGAGAUCAACGUGAGCCGAGAGUCCAACGCUGAGUAUUUGGCUUCUCUCUUCCCACAAUGCACAGUGGUCAAAGCCUUCAACGUGGUGUCCGCCUGGGCCCUGCAGGCCGGUCCGAAGGAUGGAAACAACCAGGUCUUGAUCUGCUCGGACAGCCCCGCCGCCAGAAGCCAUGUAGCCUCCAUAGGGCGCAGUAUGGGCUUUAUCCCGGUGGACAUGGGGGCGCUGUGUGCGGCUCGUGAAGUUGAGAACAUCCCCCUCCGCCUGCUGCCCCUCUGGAGGAUGCCCUGUGCGCUGGCACUUGGCCUCUUCCUCUUCUUCUACCUGUAUAACUUUGUGAGAGCCGUGCUGCACCCCUACCUGAUGGAGAACAAGAACAAGUUCUACAAGCUGCCGGUGGAGCUGAUGAACGUCACCGUGCCCUGUGUGUCCUACGUCAUGCUGUCCCUGGUGUACGCCCCGGGAGUCCUUGCCGCAGUUUACCAGCUGCACAAUGGCACCAAGUACAAGCGCUUCCCCAGCUGGCUGGAUGAGUGGAUGAUCCACCGGAAGCAGCUGGGGCUGGUCAGCUUCUUCCUGGCCGCUCUCCACGCCAUCUACAGCCUGUGUCUGCCCAUGAGGAGGUCGGCCCGCUACCAGAUCAUCAAUGAUGCCGCCAAACAGGUGAAGAACAACGUGACCAGCGCAUGGGUGGAGGAAGAAGUCUGGAGGAUGGAGAUCUAUGUCUCCCUCGGGAUCAUUGCCCUGGGAAUCCUCUCCCUCCUCGCCGUCUCCUCCCUCCCGUCUGUAGGCAACUCCUUAAACUGGAAAGAAUUCACCUUCAUCCAGUCUAAGCUGGGGUUUGCAGCGCUGGUGGUCGGAACCCUUCACACUCUCACAUUUGGCUGGCGACGAGCAUUCGAUGGGAGUCGCUACAAGUUUUACCUGCCGCCAACCUUCACCCUGACGCUGGUGCUGCCCUUCGUCAUCAUUUUGGCCAGGAUCAUCUUCCUCCUCCCUUGUUUCAACACAAAACUGAGGAAGAUCCGCAGAGGGUGGGAGAAGGACUCGUGUGUGAAGUUCACAGCGAUGGCUCCGAGCGAGGAAGGUUCUAGCAUUGUGUAAGUGAACGGCGCGACAUUCACCACCUCGGGGAGUCGCGCGCGCGCUCUGUGGCAGGACCGGGACUCUAUCUGCUCCUAUAAUGCUAGUAGCCGCUUCAUAUAGUGUUCCCGCCGCGGUGUACGCAGCUCCCCGACACGAAGAAAAUGGUGAAAGUAGUCACGACCGAAAUCUCAGGGAGAUCAGACUAUAGAACAGCACUACAGGCCAAAGAAAUCACCAACUACUACCUCCAAUAUGGUGUAAUGAUGUUUAUCACCAGCAGAUAAGAGAUGGGGGCCAUACUGUGAUGUCACCAGUGUCGCGUGAUGUCAUCAAUGUUUUCAUGCCCUGGUGUAUAGGGCAGUGUUUCCCAACCAGAGUGCCUCCAGC